AAAGGGAGUUUGUCUAAUGAUAAUUAUUUCUGUUCUCUGGAUCCUUUAAAAUCUGUAUUCUGCUGUUUUUCUGUCUCUCCUGACUGCAUUUCAUUGAUCUGAACUGCUGCUGUUUUCAUUCACCAUGAAGUUUAGCGUAUAUCCCAUGAUCCUUUGCUAAGCCAGAGUGAGGUCACUGCAAGCUCAUCAGCUGUUACCGUACUUGACAAUCCACUAAAGUCCUGUCAGCGUCUAAAAGCCCCCCCCCCCUUCUUGUGCUUGUGUCCCUGCAGUCCUCCCCCAGCAUUGGUUGACUGAAGAGGAUCUCUGCAACCAGCAGAGGAACUUCAGAGUGGACCAGGAGUAUCCAGAACCUCCACAGACUCCAGAGGAACUGCAGGAUCCAGAACCUUCAUCGAUGAAAGAGGAACCAGGAGAACUCUGCAUCAGUCAGGAUGAAGAGCAGCUUGAUCUGAAGCAGGAGACUGAAACCUUGAUGGAGAUUCCUGCUUUGGAGGAACAUGUUGAGAGUGAAGCAGAUGGAAACAAUCAGCAGAGCUUGAAUGGAACUGAUAGUCAGGAUGAAGAAGGAAACCAACAUGAAGAAUCAACAUCAACUCCAGAUGAAGAGACAGAGCCACAGAACAGAGAUCAGAGGAAGAGAAGAGACAGAAGUCAUGUCCAAAGUGUUUCCAGCUCUCACAUGCUCUCACAAAAACUAUCCCAAAAAGAAAAGAGACUUUCCUCUGCAGGGUCUGGUAAAAGAACAAGAAUUCCACACGAUGUGUCUGUCCACAUGAGAACUAAAUCUAAUGAAAGACCUUAUGUCUGUAAAGAAUGUGAGAAACGUUUUAGUCAUGCAUGUCAUCUCAAAAGACACAUGAGAACCCAUACAGGAGAGAAGCCUUUUUCCUGCAACGAAUGUAACAAAAGUUUUAAUCAAGUGUCUUCUCUCAAAAUGCACAAAAGAACUCAUACAGGAGAGAAGCCUUUUUUAUGUAACAAAUGUAACAAAAGUUUUAGUCAAAUGUCUAAUCUCAAAACACACAUGAGAACUCAUACAGGAGAGAAGCCUUUUUUGUGUAAAGAAUGUAACAGAGGUUUUUAUCAGAUAGCUAGUCUCAAAACACACAUGAGAAUCCACACAGGGGAAAAACCUUUUUUCUGUAAAGAAUGUGACAAAAGUUUCAGUGAUAAAUCUUAUCUCAAAAUACAUAUGAGAACUCAUACAGGAGAGAAGCCUUUUUCAUGUGACAGAUGUAAUAAAAGUUUUAGUCAACUAAUCAGUCUCAAAAAACACAUGAGAACUCAUACAGGAGAAAAGCCUUUUACAUGUAAUGAAUGUAAAAAAUGUUUUA